CGAUGUGAAGGCCCUUCCAAUGCCUGAAUCGCCUUCUGCAAUGUCAAACCCCAAAUGUUCUGCUCUUGGAUUACUUGUUGGGCUGCUCCUGGCGAGCGGCACGGCGUUGGCGCUGGAGAAAUGCGUUUACUGUCGCGGAAUCAACUGCCAGAGGAGCAGCUACCAGGCGGAGGAGCAGUGCUCCGAUCUACUGGACGCCUGUGCAAGUGUCUUUGAGGGAGGCAUAGUCCAGGCCCAGGGCUGCCUGGAGGGCCUCGAGGAUGGCUGGAGGGCACUGUGUCAGGCGCCCUCGAAGGGUGUCGAUUGCGAGAUCUGUGUGUCCGACAAGUGCAACACUGUGGGCUCGGAGAGAGCCGCCUGUCUUCAGUGUGCGGAGAGUGAGGAUGAGCAAUGUGUGAAUGCCCCUCAGCUUCUAGUGCCCCAAAGAUGUGCGAUUGCGCGUACGGGCAGAAGUUUUUGCUAUUCGAAAUUGGUGGGAGAACGAUUGGAACGGGGCUGUUCUCUAAGUCUUUCGGAUCAGAUGGAUUGCCUGGCCAGUGGCGGCUGCCAGCUGUGCGAUCCUCUCGAGCGGCCACAUUGCAACGAUGAAGUAAUCGACUUUAAUGCAGCUCCAGACACAACAACAGAAGCUACUUCCACAUCAACUUCCACACCGAGUACACCAACCACACAAUCCACAACAACAACACAGACAACACCAAGCACACAACAACCCACAACAACUUCUGCACCACCCACAACUGCAACACCAACGACAGCCAAACCCAAUGCCGCAUUCAGUUUGCACUCCUCCUCCACCACGACCAUUUGGUUGAUCAUCGUGCCGUUGGUUGUAUUCAUUUACACCCUUCAUAAAUAGUACAACAAUUCGUUUAACCUCUUCUCUUUAACCUAAUCUACUUAUGUAUUGUUUAACUCAUUUUUAUGGUAUCCAAUAAACACUGUUCGCGCUCAAUGACAAUCUAUGCCCGAACAUACAUAAAUGGA